AUACAUUAUAUAUAAGCAUAUGAAUUAGAGGAUAUUUCAUUUCAUAAGAUGGCAACUGAAUGGAACUCUGAUAUCCUUCAUGUAACAUACACUGUGUUUGGAUGGAUCGCUUUUGUGGCUUGGGCUUGUAGUUUCUAUCCUCAACUUUUCUUGAACUUCUCAAGGAAAAGUGUGGUUGGUUUGAACUUCAACUAUCUGUUAUUGAACAACACCAAACAAACCUUAUAUCUCAUCUACAACGCCACUUUGUACUUCAGCAAUACUGUUCAGUUUCAGUAUCAUAAGAAAUAUGGCUUUGAUCAGAUGAUACCAGUAGGUGCAAACGACGUUGCCUCCUCGAUAAAUGCUGUUGUGCUUACAGGAAUGAUUUUGUUCCAAGCUACAAUAUAUGAGCGUGGAAAUCAAUCAAUAUCAAAAAUUACCAUUGGUAUUGUAAGUGUGGUGUGGAUAACUCUUGGAGUUUGCUUUUUCAUGGCAUUCCCUUCCAAUUCCUGGCUUUGGCUAAUUUCCAUCUUUAACACAAUGCAAGUAAUUCUGUCAAUUAUCAAAUAUAUUCCUCAGCUAGCUAUGAACUUCAUGCUAAAGAGCACAGUUGGAUUUAGUAUUGGAAAUGUGUUCUUAGAUUUAAGUGGAGGAUUUACAAACAUUGUUCAGAUGGCUACACAAUCUAUUGAUCAAAAAUCUUGGAUGAAUUUCUCAGGAAACAUUGGCAAAGUAAUGUUAUGUAUGGUGUGCAUGUUCUUUGAUCUUGUUUUUAUGUGUCAACAUUAUGUGUUGUAUCCAUCAAAGAAAGAAUCAUCAAUCGCUCCUUCUAAAUUUGAUGAAAAUCUCAAAGAGCCUUUUAUCUUGUCUCCUAAUCAGCCAUUAACAACAAAUGUGCCACUGGCUGAAAAUAUUGUUUGAUUUUGUAUUUAUUUGUAAAGUCAAAAUGAUGAUAAUUAGUCAUGAAAAUAUUGUUUGAUUCUUUUUGUUUAUAAAGUGAAAAUGAUGAUAAUUAAUCACAUAUAUGGUUUUAGUAUGUACAAGUAAAGUUCAUUUCUGGCUGACGAUCCUUUUUACUAUUUUCAAUGAAAAACUCAUGAAGAAAACAUUUGAUUACAUAAUGAUGAAGAAGUAAGAAAAGUUAGUUAAGCCUUGAAAUUAUUUAAUUAAUUUUCAUUUAUGGAUAUUUGGGGUGUAAGUAACAAUCUAGUAAGAACAUAUAAUGGGCUACUUAUGGUGAUCAACCAUCUCCUAGUAUAAAUAGAACCUUUAUGUCAUUACGUUAAAAAGAAUUUCUUAUUAGACUCCCUACUCUUCUUGGUCACCCACGCUG